AACGCCCCUAACCUUCGUUUUUUGUAGUUCUAGGUAUAACUCACACCAACAACAUGGUGCAGAGGCUCACAUAUCGGAAGCGCCAUAGUUAUGCUACCAAGUCCAAUCAGCACCGGGUUGUUAAAACCCCUGGUGGGAAAUUGGUGUACCAGAGCACUAAGAAGAGAGCAAGUGGACCCAAAUGCCCUGUAACUGGAAAGAGGAUCCAAGGGAUUCCACACUUGAGACCUGCUGAAUACAAGAGGUCUAGAUUGCCUAGGAACCGCCGGACAGUAAACCGGGCCUAUGGAGGUGUAUUAUCUGGAGGUGCUGUUAGAGAAAGGAUAAUCCGUGCUUUCCUUGUUGAAGAGCAAAAAAUUGUGAAAAAGGUAUUGAAGAUCCAGAAGGCAAAAGAAAAACAAACAUCCAAGAGUUAAGCUUUGUGCUUCAUGAAUGAAUUCAUUAAGAUUUGUGCUUAAGAAGUUUUGACUUUGAAUGGUGUUAACUACGAAUGUGGAACUUAAUUUGAAAUUGAGUUUUUGGAUUGUUGUGCUUUUUAUAGUUUAGAUUUUAUUAUGUUACCGUAUUCUGUUGAACAAGUGCACUUGUUAUUUUGAAAGGAUAUCCACAUGCGAGUAGUGUACAUUGGAAUGCGUUUCAUCAAGAUUGAUGUAGAACUUACUCGAA